CACUUAAUCGGUACGUGCGCUGACCUUCGUGAACAAAAUGGCGCUUGCAAGAGUAGGUUUACUGCGACAGGUUUUACAAAAUGCUGUCAAAAGACCAGUGAACCAGCCGAAGAGGGAUUGUGGCUACAUUUUCAGGCCAACAGAUAGUGUAAAAGAAGCAGCUCAUGAAUAUUAUAUACCACAGUUUAAAGCCAACAUAAAGAAAGAAUGCAAAACAUCAGUUCUGGUAUCAGGUCCACUUUUGAUUGCUGGAAUGGUUCUGACCAUAUUAACUGAGGAACAUGAAGAGGGUCUUCCAGAAUAUUUACCUUACGACUACAUGUACUGUAGAAAAAAUGCCUUCCGCUGGGGAGAUGGCAACCAUUCACUAUUCCAUUGUGACCAAAGCAACCCUAUGCCUGAUGGAUGGCCAGAGGAUUAAAUGCUUGAUGGAAUUUUUAAAUGGAGAAAGCAUGGAGCUUCUUAAAAACAUUUUGUGAAUAUGUGAUGCCAUGUGAAAUCUGGCUGAAGCAUUUUGGACUGGUUAUAUAGAAAGUGAAUCUAUGUAGAAUUUUGAGAGUAUGAAACUUUCGUUGUAACUUUCGUUUGGUGAUUAAAUAAGAAAAUUUGUUAAA